GCUUGCAACGCCAGACAGCUACCGACUGACUGCAAUGUCUCAUUGCAUUGGACUCUUGUCCAUUGCCUCUAAACUGAAUUUGCUGGUUUUGCUGCUUUCUGCAGUGUGCUUCUGUUCAUGCUUAAGUGACAGAAUUCCAGAGUUUGCCCUAACAAAAACAGAAGAAAGUGACUUAAAAGAAGAGAAUGGCAAGGAAUCAGUAGCAGAGGAUGAUCUUGAUCCUGAAGACUUAGAAGUGUUUUACCCAACAUAUCAGUGGCAAACGGUCCGUCCAGGUCAGGCUGUUCCUGCAGGGUUACAUGUGCGAUUAAAUCUUCAAACAGGGGAAAGAGAAGCCAGGCUUCCAGAUAACAAAAAUGAAAAAAGUGACAUGAAACACCAGAAGAAAAGAAAAAGGCUGGAUGAGAUGCAUAUCGAUUCAAACUCAUUUACAGCACAGGAACUCAAAGAGGCUUUGGCUAAAAUGAAGGAAAAAGAAAAGACAGAAAGCACAAUGGAACAAAAGGCUAAUCUGGAAGAUGUGAGACAAAGGUUUCGUCCCAUAGAAGAGCUGAAGAAGGAGUUUGAAGAACUCAACAUGAAAAUAGAAACUGAUUUGGAAGUUAUGGUUAAAUUAAUCAACAAAUUCAACAGCUCUACUUCUACUCUGGAUGAAAAAGUAGCAGCACUAUACGACCUUGAGUAUUAUGUUCAUCAGGUGGACAAUGCAAAAGACUUUCUUUCCUUGGGUGGACUUCAGCUUGUGAUUAAUGGACUAAACAGCACCGAGCUUGUGCUAAAGGAACAUGCUGCCUUUGUCCUGGGAGCUGCACUAUCUAGCAAUCCCAGAGUUCAGGUGGAAGCAAUUGAGGGUGGUGCUCUACAAAAACUGCUGGUUAUUCUGGCUACAGAACAACCAUUGGCUGUGAAGAAAAAGGCUCUCUUUGCUUUGUCUUCGAUGCUGAGACACUUCCCCUAUGCCCAGCUGCAGUUCCUCAAGCUUGGUGGCCUUCAAGUACUUAGAAAUCUUCAAAGAAAAGGCAUGGAGACGCUCUACAUCCGUAUUGUGACGCUGCUCUAUGACCUGAUUGUGGAAAAGAUGCUGCUUGAGGACUCUGAGAACAAGGAAGACCAAUUGGAAGAGAAAGUUCAGCAGUACAAACAAGUGAACCUGGUGCCAGCUGUGGUGGAGCAAGGCUGGUGUGGGAUUAUUUCUAACCUCCUGGCAUUGCCGGAGCAUGACACCCGAGAAAAAGUUCUAAAAACAGUGCGUGUUCUGAUGGCCGCCUGCAGGGACAAAUACCAAGGGGACUAUGCCCUCAACACCACACUGAGCAUGCUCCGCAUCGAGUACGAAGAUUUGGCAGCAGAAGAACAAAGGGAAGGGGACAAUGAUGGCUAUUUUAAGGAACUCCUUAGCUCUAUAAAUACCAUUAUUCAGGAGUUAAGAUCAGGAUAUCUGUAAUCGGACUGAGCUUUAAAAAAAUAAUUCAUGACAACCUGAUGAAUUUUGACGGAUAUGCAUAAACAAACUAUUGAGUAAGCUGCUGGUCAAAGCAAAAUCCCUCCACAAGGCAAGUGAGCCAACAGCUCCAUUAUUAAAGAAAGAUACAAAC